UUCGGGAACACAUAACUUCAUUGACUUUACUGAGUCAUCUUGAAUGAGACAAAUGUCAUAGUUUUGUGACAUGGGCAUUCUUCUUUAUUUCCUUGUUCCCAUGGUUCCAAGAAUGAUGCAAGAGUCAGGUUCCAGUUGUUCAACGCCAACCAUUUGUUGCUAAGGUGCCAACGCAGCUGCUCCUGUAGUUUUAUCUUGAGGCACCCUCCGUUGCUCCCCACUGCCAUUUAGCUUGCUCAGCAAGCAACUUCCAUGGCAUUUCCUUUCCUGUAUUCAUGGUGGCAUGAUUCGAGUCUGGACUGUGUAGAUGAUGUCCCGGAAGAAGAUGUGCAGCUUGACAACAAUGUGGAGGAGGAGGAUGUCUGCUGGUUUUUAGUACAAAUCUUACUUGGUUAUAUUUUCCUUGUUGGCCUUUUAAGGAUCCUCUAUCUCUUUAGGAAUAUGAUAAGGAAAAACCAUGGACAUCUAUCUUGGAAUAGGCUGAAAUGUUCCAAAGACCCCGUUUCUGGCUUCAACCUCUUUGUAGGGAAAGAGAAAGCAGGUCCCAAAGCUCCCUCAAGCUCACCUUCUGUCAGGAAGCGACUAAAAAAGGACCAGCCCAAGACCACCCAGCGAGCCUUCCGGGACCAAAAUUCCUCUGACCUGGGAACUUUCAAUUCAAAGGGGUCCAGUCGCCAAAGGAGCCAGACAGAUGAGGGGAGCCGGACAGAUGACAGUGUCAGCGUCUGCAGCCAUGAGAGGAGAGAGGCCAAACAAGGCUAUUGGUUCAGGAAGCCAUGUUGCCCCCGCUGCAAAGCCAAGAGGACAAGAGAAUGGCUGGCUCAGCACUUCUUUGAUCAGGAACCAGAAGCUCUCUGGGAGACGGGCCACAGCGAGGCCACUGUUCCCUUGACCUCUUUCAGUCUGCCUGAACAUGGAGAGUUAGAUCCAUUUAUGGACAGGUUCCAUUCAUGUCAGUAAAGCAUCAAGAUGCCUUUUAAAUGAUCACACUGUUUUCCACUUACAGAAGCCGUAAAUGCAUAACUGGGGUGCUGCUGACGUUAAAAUACAGUUUCUUG